AUGGCUACUGAAGCUUCUAGUUUCAAGCUGUAUAGAUAUGAUCCUUCUAUUGGCGCGGCUGUUGUCUUUAUUCUUCUCUUCCUUGGUGGUUCCUGCAUCCAUACCUACCAGGUUGCACGGACUAGAACAUGGUUCUUUGUUCCAUUUGUCCUUGGUGGAUAUUUCGAAUGGAUCGGCUACAUUGGACGAGCCAUAUCGGGAACGCAAAGUCCGAAUUGGACCGUCCAACCCUAUAUUCAACAAACCCUCCUGCUUCUGAUUGCUCCUACCCUAUUUGCCGCAAGCAUCUACAUGGAACUGGGCCGGAUAGUCCUACUGACUAAUGGGGACUCAUAUUGUUGGAUCAGGCGACAGUGGUUGACCAAGAUCUUCCUCUUGGGCGAUAUCAUCUCGUUUAUCAUGCAAGGCGCCGGCGGCGGCAUCAUGGCAAGUGGCAGUGCCAGCGCGCUCUCCACCGGCGAGCACAUCAUCAUCGGAGGUUUAGUCGUCCAGCUAAUAUUCUUUUCUCUGUUCCUGGUGACCACCCUCAAAUUCCACAUUGGCAUUCAGAACGGCCCGACUCGGAAAGUCCUCCAUUCGCAGCCGCCGUGGGAAAGGCACAUCUACGCAAUGUAUGGUGGCAGUCUUCUCAUCUUUGUCCGCUCCGUCUUCCGCCUCAUCGAAUAUGCCCAGGGCAACGACGGCUAUCUCGUGACACACGAAGCAUACAUUUCAUCUCCUAUGGGAGAAGGGCUGGACAAUGCGUCAGGUUUAGCAGCUGGCGUGCACCCCCCCGGGGAGUUAUGCAACUCCCGAUUUCCAUCGAUUUCCGAUAGCGAUGCCUUCGGUUCGUUUCACGAGAAGGUAGCAGAGGCAGCCUACUUCGCUCACGAAUGGACCAGCCAGGACCCUGAACUAAUGCAUCAUUUCACGCUCCACACUUCCAAGUCUCUCGCUAGGCGGCAGCCGAUGCAAGAAGUAUGGCAGGUUGCUGUCCCGACAUUGGCCUACGCUUCUGAAUUCCUGAUGCAUGGCAUUCUUGCCCUGUCGGCGCUUCAUCUGGCCCAUCUCAAACCUGAAAAUUACAGCCGGUACAUGACAAACUCCAGAUUCCAUAUCUCCCUCGGCCUGCGCUCUUUCCGGAGAAUACUUCCCUCGCCCACGACUGACAACUGCUGUGCAUUAUUCGCCUUUUCAAGCCUGAUCAUGGUUUACAUAUAUGCCUCCCCAGCAGAGUCCGCCGAGUUCGACAUGGUUGACACGCUUGAAUCCACCCUUCAUUUGUUCAAGCUGUGUCGGGGAACCCUCGUCCUCAAACCUUUUAUGCUUCAUGUGCGAAACAGCUCUCUAGGGCCACUCUUCCGGCAGGAGUUUGGCGCGCUGGAGUUUGAUGAAAGACAGCUUAUUGAGUCGGAUCCAGCAGAGCCUGAAGAGAGAAACACAUUUUCCCAAGCGCUUCACCAUCUUCAAUUAUCAUUCAAGGCUAUCCACAAUGCGGAAUUGCCGUUGGAGUGCGGAAUGAUCUACAUGUGGCCUCUCUCGGUCAAGGAGGAAUUCUUCGAUCUGCUGAGGCAAAGACGCGCCGUCGCACUUGUAUUGCUAGGUUUCUACUGUGCUCAACUCCAUGUCUUUUGCGACUACUGGUUCGUCGGACGGCGAGGUCAUUUACUGUUCUCCAGCAUUUCGGCUGUCUUGCCCAGUCGACUCGCCUCAUGGCUGGAUUGGCCAAGAGACUUCAUCUUUGAGGACCGGGAUGUUUAG